AUGGAACACCCUGCUCUUAAGCGGAUCAUAUUUAUAGGAGAUUGCCAAGUAGGAAAAACUAGCAUUAUCCAUAGAUACAAGCAGCGGACCUUUUCUGAACCUUAUGUCCCUACAUAUGGGCUUGAUUUUUAUUCUUUAGGAAUAGAAAGAAACGAAGAAAUUGUCCAUUUGCAAAUAUGAGACUCUUCUGGAUCUCCAAGAUUUAUUAAUCAGAUUAAAAAUUAUAUGAGUAACUCAGAAAUUAUUGUCGUUAUUUAUGAUAUACAAAAUCGCCAGAGCUUUGAGAAUACUAUUUUUUGGAUUGAGAAACAAAUUGAUAGAAAUAUGCAGCAUAAACUGUUUAUUGUUGGGAAUAAAAGUGAUCCUGGAGCACAAGAAAGGGUAUUUUGAGAAGAAGGCUCUAUUCGUGCGAAGCAAUAUAAUGCUUUCUUUAUGGAAGUGAGCUCUAAGUCAGGAGAAAAUAUUAAUCAUCUUUUUCAAUGUCUUGCUUUUAGUAUAUAA